AUGGAGGACUUUGACCUGUUAAAGGUUUUAGGAACAGGUGCCUAUGGUAAAGUGUUUCUAGUUCGAAAGAAUGACGGCUCCAACAAAGGAAAACUGUAUGCCAUGAAAGUCUUAAAGAAGGCCAGUAUCGUCCAGAAGACAAAAACAACGGAACACACAAAAACUGAAAGACAAGUUUUAGAAGCCAUUAGAGAAUCUCCAUUCUUAGUGACACUUCAUUAUGCAUUCCAAACAGAUGCUAAAUUACAUCUGAUUUUAGAUUAUGUGAGUGGUGGUGAAAUGUUCACACAUUUAUAUCAGAAAGAGAAUUUUGAUGAGAAAGAUGUUAGAAUAUAUAUUGGUGAAAUAGUUUUAGCUUUAGAAACUCUACAUAAGCUGGGUAUAAUAUAUCGUGAUAUUAAAUUAGAAAAUAUAUUAUUAGAUGAUGAAGGACAUAUAGUUUUAACAGAUUUUGGUUUAAGUAAAGAAUUUUUACCAACUGAUGAUACUCACAGAGCAUACAGUUUUUGUGGUACCAUAGAAUACAUGGCUCCUGAAGUUGUCAAAGGUGGUUCCACAGGCCAUACUUUUGCAGUAGACUGGUGGUCUCUAGGUGUAUUGACCUAUGAACUGUUAACUGGAGCCUCACCAUUUACAGUUGACGGAGAGAAAAAUACACAGUCAGAAAUAUCUAGGAGAAUAUUAAAAUGUGAUCCAUUUAUGCCAAAGACAUUCUCUUCAGAAGUUCGUGAUUUUAUAUUGAAAUUAUUAGUUAAAGAUGCUAGUCAAAGGUUAGGGGCAAAUGGUGCUGAUGAGGUCAAAGGUCACAAAUUUUUUAAGGGAUUAUCAUGGGAGGAUCUAGCCAGUAAAAAAAUCACUGCACCAUUUACACCUCAAAUACGACAUGAAUUAGAUGUUGGUAACUUCUCAGAAGAAUUUACCACAAUGGCUGCCACAGACUCUCCUGCUGUAGUUCCAUUAAAUGUCGAAAAAUUAUUCAAAGGUUAUUCGUAUAUAGCACCAUCAGUAUUAUUCAGUGAUAACACAAUAAGUCAUGAUAUGUUAACACAGACUACAGUAAAUCAACCUGAUGAACAAACUUUUAAUAAUCCUUCCCAUUUUAAGAAUUCUCCAUUUUUUAAACAAUAUGAAUUAGAUUUGAAAGGAGAAGCUCUAGGAGAUGGGAGCUUUUCAAUAUGUCGGAAAUGUCAGAAUAUCAAAACUAAACAGAAGUAUGCUGUUAAAAUAGUUAGCAGACGUAUUGAUUGUCAACAGGAAAUACAAUUAUUACGCUUGUGUCAAGGUCAUCCAAAUAUAGUAACAUUGGUAGAGAUAUUUUAUGAUGAGGUUCACACGUAUAUAGUAACAGAAUUAUUACGAGGGGGAGAAUUACUGAGUAGAAUAAAGAAAAAGAAGAAUUUUAGUGAAACUGAAGCAAGUGAUAUAAUGUGUCAGUUAGUAAAAGCUGUAGAAUUCAUGCAUUCUAAAGGUGUUGUACACAGAGAUCUUAAACCUGAGAAUUUGAUAUUUGAAGAUGAUAGUGAUAAAGCUGAAAUAAAGAUUAUAGAUUUUGGGUUUGCUAGAUUGAAUCCUGAAAACCAGAUGUUGAAUACCCCUUGUUUUACAUUACCUUAUGCUGCUCCUGAAGUUUUACGUCAAGCUACCAAUAAAGAUCAUGGUUAUGAUGAAUCUUGUGAUUUGUGGAGUUUAGGCGUGAUAUUGUAUACCAUGUUAUCAGGUAAGGCUCCAUUCAGAGCUCAAUCUAAAGACGAUACAGCUUCAGCCAUCAUGGAGAAAAUAAAGGGUGGUGUCUUCAAUUUGUCCAGUUCUGAUUGGCAAUCUGUCUCUGAUCAAGCCAAAAAACUUAUUAAAGGGUUAUUAACGGUGGAACCAAGGAAAAGAUUAACUAUGGUUGAUUUAUUAAAGAAUGAGUGGUUAUUUGGAAAACAUGAACUAUUGUCCCAUACAACUCUUCCAACCCCUGGUAUACUCUCAACUCAUACUAACACUAUACAUAAUCAACUAAGUGCUACUCUUAAUGCAUUUCACAAGGCAACGAGAGAGGGUUUCAGACUCCAAGAUGUGGCCACGGCACCCCUAGCCAAACGUAGACGUGUGAAAAAGAGUUCCACAGACGCCAGAAGUAGUUCAACUGAUUCAAACAAUUCUAGCUCAACUGUUAGUUCAUCUGGUGUAACCCAAUCACCAGUACGUCAGUCACCCUCUCGGACAUUUUCUAGUGCCUCGAGUAUGUCUAAUGCCAGUACUGGUUUUGUACCUCAUCGAUCAGUGACACCAGUGUCUGGGCGAUCUGGAACUGCUACACCUGUAGACUUGGUUGAACAAGUUGAGCCUAUUCAAAUACCCUCAUUCGACAGUGAAAGUGAUAUUAAACUUGAUCAGGAAAGAGGUUUGAAACGAAAACGUGACACGAUGGAGAAUAAUAGCUAUGAUGUUGAUGAUGAAGAAGAUGAUGAUUGUGUGAUUAUUGAAGAUGAUUUGGAUGUCCAUGUAACGCCUCCAGACCGUCCUAUAACUAUAUCACCCAGAUCUAUGUGCUCAAAUAAUAAUAACUUGACAACAGAGACUAUUGUAAUAGAUGACUAG